ACUACUUCAAUUUCUUGAACAAGACCACCUUCUCUAGACUUGAACAAAAUCCCAUAUUCCAUUAAAAAAAACAAAGAAAGAAGAAAAAGCCAUUGAAGUUAACUACCAUCUGAUGAAGAGAAAGAUUCAGAUUCUUCCAUUCUUUACUUACUUCUUUACUCUCAUUUGCCUCUUUCUUUCUACCAAUGCAGAUCUUACAGAGUCAUCAAGACCAGCAUAUAUUAGACACAAUCAAAGAAAGCUUUUGAGUUCCAAAGAGAAAUUUAAAGUACGGGAUCAAGUAACCUUGCCUUCCCUUACCUUUGAAAACCCAAGACUCCAAAAUGCUUACAUUGCCCUCCAAGCAUGGAAGCAAACCAUCAUCUCUGAUCCAAUGAACGUAACUUCCAAUUGGGCGGGAUCCGACGUUUGUAACUACACCAGCAUCUUUUGCUGGUCUGCUCCUGACGAUUCAUCUAUUCAAACAGUUGCUGGGAUCGAUCUAAAUCAAGGCGACAUUGCUGGUCAAUUGGUUGAAGAGCUAGGACUCCUUACAGACCUGGCAUUUUUCCAUAUCAAUUCCAACAGAUUCUGUGGAAGAAUCCCAAAAAGUUUGAAGAAAUUGAAACUCCUUUACGAGCUAGAUCUAAGCAACAAUCGUUUUGCAGGAAGGUUUCCUUCUGUAGUUCUUGAUUUGCCAGAGCUCAAGUACCUUGACCUUCGAUUCAAUGAGUUCGAAGGUAACGUUCCAAGGGAGCUAUUUGAUAAGAAUCUGGAUGCAAUAUUUAUAAACAAUAAUAGGUUUGCUUUCGAGUUGCCUGACAAUUUUGGUAACUCACCAGUAUCUGUUAUUGUUCUUGCAAACAACAAGUUCCAUGGAUGCCUUCCUGCAAGUCUUGGAAACAUGUCGAAAACUUUGAAUGAAGUGAUCUUAGCGAACAAUGGGCUACAUUCAUGUCUGCCUAAGGAGAUAGGAUUGCUUAAGAAAUUGGAGGUUUUUGACGCAAGUUAUAACAAGCUGGUGGGUGUGUUGCCUGAUGCAUUAAGAGGAAUGAAGAGGUUGGAGCAGCUUGAUGUGUCUCAUAAUAUGUUCUUGGGAACUAUUCCCAAGAGCUUGUGCAUGCUUCCCAAUUUGCGAAAUUUCAGCUUUGCUUAUAACUUCAUCAGUGGUGAGCCACUCGUGUGCUUGACAUUGGAGGAUUUUGAUGAUAGCAGGAAUUGUUUAAGAGAUACGCCAAUGCAGAGAUCUCGUUUGCAAUGUAAAAUGUUCUUGUCUAGACCACUAGUUGAUUGUAAAGCUUUCAAUUGUCACAAGUUUCAGCCUUCUCCACCUGUGUCACCACCACUUCCCCCGCCUGUUUAUUCACCUCCCCUACCACCACCUUCCUCUCCUCCACCACCUAUAUAUCCCCCUCCACCUCCACCAGCUGUUCAUUCCCCUCCCCCAUUGCCACCUUCCUCUCCGCCACCGCCUAUAUAUUCGCCUCCACCUCCACCAGUUCAUUCCCCUCCCCCACCGCUACUUUCCUCUCCUCCACCACCUAUUUAUUCGCCUCCACCUCCACCAGUUCAUUCCCCUCCCCCACCGCCACGUUCCUCUCCUCCACCACUAAUUUAUUCCCCUCCCCCUCCUCUUCCAUCUCCACCUCCACCACCACCACCAUCCCCUUCCCCUCUUCUUCCACCUCCACCAGUUCAUUCGCCUCCACCAUUGCUAUCACCACCACCAUCGCUGCCACCACCACCACCUCCAUCACCUCCACUAAUUCAUAAACCACCACCGCCGCCAGCUCCAGUAUAUAAUGGUCCAUUUCCACCAAUUAUUGGCGCCCCAUAUGCAUCUCCACCACCGCCACCAUUUUAUUGAGUUGUUCUUUAGAGAGAUUUUCUCUUUGCGCCAACCCAAUUGAUUGCUUGGUCAUUUCUGAUGUAUUAUUCCAACAAGAAGCAAAAGAAUGUGAUGCAAAAUCA